AUGGCAUCCCAAAACGUACUGACGGCCCCAUCCACCACGGAGCAGAAGCUUCAGGUCAUCAAUCUCGCUGGGGGUAAAAUCCCAGCCACCUUGACCGAGGCAGACCUCGGAAAGCAUCUUCCGCAGAAGGCUUCCAAUGCUCCGUCCGAUGGAGAGCCCUCCUACACAUGUGUCACCCAGCGCAAUCCUCCACAUUCUUCUCCAGCCGCCAUCAUGGUUGGCCUGUUUGAAGAGAUUCCACGCUGGAAAACUGGCUCCGUCAUUAAAUUUGCCACCUACUCCGAUGGCUAUCCCGCGCCUGGUGAUGCUAUUUACGCGGCCAACUGCCUCAUUGAGGCUGCCGAGGUAUGGAACUCGGCAAGAGUCGGCGUCACGUUCAAGUGGGUGCCUAAGGUCGACGAUGCGGCAUUCGUCCUCGCCUACGGUGGCGAGUUAAGCACCGUCCUCGCCAGCGCCUUCUUCCCCAGCAAUAGCGACCUGGAGCACCUGUUCGUGUACCAGCAUGGUUUCGACAAGACCGAACAGAACUCUAAGAAAGGCAAGUACAGCAACUACGGUAUCAUGAAGAAUGUUUUCCUGCACGAGCUGGGUCAUGUCUUGGGCUUGAGACAUGAGUUUGCUAUGAACCCGGACACCUAUGAAGGAGGUGCAGUCGUUAUGGGAUCUGCGAAUCCCGAGUCCGUCAUGAGCUACGUCUUUCCACCUGAGCUGCAAGAGUCCGACGUCAAGGACACCCGAUACUUUUACAAGCAUCCCCUGAUCGUUGACUACACUCCUGACAACUAA